GGAUUUGCGGUAGAAGGUAUUUAUAUGCGCAAUUGGGAUACAAUGGAUGAAAAAGGUGAAUGUACAAGUGAUAAAGAUUGGAGAGAUGUUCAAAUAGUUUGUGACCAACUAAAAAUUCCAUGUAGACAGUUUGAUUUUACAAAAGAAUAUUGCGUAAAUGUUUUUGUAAAGAUGAUAGAAGAUUAUGAAAGUGGAUUAACUCCAAAUCCAGAUAUUGUAUGUAAUCGUGAAAUCAAGUUUGGAUGGUUUUUAGAUAGAUGUUUAAAAUCAAUUCUUGAAGAAAAAAGAAGUUCAACUUGGAUUGCAACUGGACAUUAUGUUAAGAAUGAAAUAUCGGAAUAUGGAAGGAUUAAAUUAUUAAGAG